UUCUCUCUCUGUUUCUUCUUUUAAUCUUGUAAGAUUCAUAAGAUAACUAUUCAUCGGUUUAAUGCAUUGCGUUUGGUAAUCACUGACGUCUUUUGCGAUUCGACUUGCCAUUGUUAUUCUUAUUCGAUAUUAUGACGACGCGAAGGUACAUGUCGUCACAAUCUCGUUAAAACCGGCAUUGUUUCGAGGAACGCCAGUGGAUGGUAGUCGCCAGAAAGCGCCGUACUGGUAUUUGGCAAAGCGUGACAACGUCGUCGACGUUGCAUCUCCGGUUAGUCUGCGACUAGGUCCAGGUAGCCCAGAGGCUACAGGGGGGCAGCCUCCUAUAUCUCUAUACCUUUUCCUCAGUCUGGUCUUUCGCUGUCGUCUCCGCAGCGUCCGUCCUCUCUUACGCUCGCCGCUUGUUCGCUCGCGUUUCCGCACGCGAGCGAGGUGGAAGGAGAGAGAAGGGGCAAAAGACGCUUUUAGACACGGAGCGUCCACGAGCGUCGCGACGCCUUGAGGAGCAGUAGUCGCGUAUCUUAGCUUCCACCUUGCCGGCUCACACGGGCAACUUGUAACGUUUGCGAUUUGAACGUCUACAAACGAACGUCGAGACGUCAUAUUGUUUUACACGCGCCGUCCCUUUACGCUGUCUCUCGUAAGAUCUCGCUGCCUGGAGAGACAGUUUCGCAGACCGCACGACAGUGAACGAGUUCUCGUUUGAAGUGUCUUUUUAAUUUCUACUUUCUAAACGAGAUUGAUCGGUAUCGGAGCUUUUUAACCGGUCGUUGUCGAUCGUAAAAGUUGCCGUCUGCUUUAUACGUCGCGUAAUAGAAAUAAAUAGCUUUUUGUCAGUCUCUCUAAGCUGAUUCUCCGAAUUUCUGGUUGAAGCCAAUCGCGCUUGGCAUUCGACCGUUUCGUUGCUCGUACAGCAACGGAAUUAUUGUCCAAGAGAGAACUGCAUAUCAUCGUCCGGUUUCACCAUUCGAUCUCGCGAUAUUUCUUUUGGUGAUGAAGUGUUGAAGUAAAAAUGGCAUACGCAUGCCUUGUGCGAAGCGUAUUUGUUUCGCUCGAUGUGUCUUCCAGUCACAAGUGAGGUGAUGAGUCGUCGCGAGUGAGAGGGGAAAAGGAUAUACUCGUAUAUCCCAGCUGGCAUGGUAGAGUAAUUGCUUCACGGGGUGGUGGACGGUUGUCCGCAAACCGUCCCUCGUCAUCAUCGCACGUCACCGGAGAGACACAAUUUCGCGAAGGUGGUUCGCGUGGCGAGACGGGACAAGGACGCGACGAUGGCGGAGCGUCCCGAUGGAGGCAGGAGACGCUCGCGUCGCGACAGUGCGGACUCGAUACGCGGGACACCGCCUACGUCCAAAGAUCGCAGGACUAAACGGUCCAAUAAGCCCGUCAAGGAGCGAUGGCUGCUCACCAGAAAGACGUGGCGGUACAUGGCCGACGCCGGCCGACGUCUCAUUCCCGAUGGUACCCACAAUCGUCCAGAGGACAUACCAAAGAUCGAGCAAUACUUUCAAGAGGUGUGUCAGAAAGAGCCGCGCUUUCUACUUUGGAGGAAGGCCUCGUAUCCUGGCAGUCUGGGCUUUCGCACUCAGCGACGUCGCAGACAGAUCAAAGGCGGCAGCUGUCGGACCCAGGCUAGCUCGGCCGACGAGGCCGAUGACGCCAGGAGUUCGCCGCAGAACUUGGUCCUUUGCGCGACCACGUCUGGCAAGUUUGACCUGGCGAAGGCGAAGAGAGAGUGGCUGCUGACGUCAAGUGGUAGCAACGGCGGCGACGGCGGUGGCGGCGAUGCUGCUGACGAUGGCAGCACGCCAUCGAGUCCGAUAACGCAUCGCAAGAUACCUCAGGAGGACUCCGAGGCCAAAGAGCUAGCCGACAUGCUACAAAAGUACCUUAACAUGCAGGCUGACCCCGCGGUCAAUCCGGAGAGGGUGGCCAUCAAGUCAUCGCAGGGAGCGGUUGAACAGAUGGAAGGGAAAGAGCCCUUCGAUUAUCGUAGUUUGAUAGAUAAGCUGCAGCAACAUCUAAAUACGAUCGUUGCCGAGGCAAAGCGCGAGAAGGUUUAUCCUAGUCAGAGUACUUCUGGCGGAAAAGAUGUGGUUCCAACAUCCAUGUUGCCAUAUCAGGGCGAUUACGUUCAUAAAUCAUUAAUGGAAACGUUGAGUCGUUACUAUAGCAAAUCAUCUUCUCGGGAGCACGUAAUAUCCGAUAUCUUGACAGAUCGAAAGCUCCUCGAGAAGCUGUAUUUCGAUUUGAGAUGUACUAGAGGCUUCAGGGGUCCUCGAGCGACCGGUGCGUACACCUCGCCGUCCGCUCGAUGGUGGGCUCCUAUUAAGGAAUCUGGUAAUCGGUCACCCAGAAGAGACCCGCUCUCUCCACCGCCUCUAAUCGCUGUUCAGGAGCCCAGCACCGAUCGAACCUUUCUCGAUGGUGGCGUGCAAACCGACCCGAUUUCUCAAGAUGUUCUCGACAUGUGUUUAUCGGAGAAGGAAAAGGAAGAGUCCUUGCAAAAGGAGCAGAUGUCGCACAAGUCCAGCAGCGGACGAAGACGCAGUAGCGUCGACAACGACGACGUUUCACCGUCCGUGAGUGACACCAUCAAGAGGUACCUGCGGAUGGCACGGAAGAAGUCUAUGGACGCGGACAAGAUCGACCGAUUUAAGCGGGUUAACUACGAUCGGAAUUUACGCAACAUCAAAGCCAAGGGUGAAAUUACCAAGCCCGGCGACGACGACGGCAAUAACAAGGGCUGUCAGACGGAGGAUAAUUGGAUUAUGCAUUAUCGCGAGAUGUCCUUCUCCGGUCCCGGUGAAGUCCCGUCCGAGAAUUUGUCGGACGCUGACACGACGACAUCCCCGCCAGUCAGCAGAAACGCCAGUUCUAGAAGCAGCAUCGACGCCGGCCUCGGCUCCGAAGAGGCCUCCACCCCCGUUAAACAUCCUCAUCACCAUCAAUCCUUCCUGUCCCAUCUCCUGCAUGGUUCCAACGCGCAUAAGGAUAAGCCGCACUCGGCACCCGGUUCGCCGGCACUUACGUCAUCGUCCGCCAAUUCCGCAGGUGGCACAGCGAUGCAGAAGAGCAAGUCCUCGAGUAACGUGGUGCAUCACGGCAGCCGGCUGGUGGCAAAGAAGAUUUGGCGAUCCAGGAGCAAGAGCACAUCGAGGGCAUCGCAUCAGCCGUCUGUGUGGACACCUCAGGGAAAAUGUACGUGGGCGGGCACAGGAGGCCGGCGUGUAACUCUACAUGAUACAUCGCUGCGAACGCUGUCCGAUAUCGAGAAGAAAGUCCUGUGCAAGGUAGCCGUAGCGAAGCUUCAAGCUCUCAAUCUGGGCGUACAUAUUAGGCCACCGAGCGAAUCGCUCGGCCCUGGGUCAGUGACCACGAAGCCAAAGAGGCGGGCGUAUUUGCUAAAGAGGAAGGCACUCACAACGGGCUUCUUCGACAACAAAGGGAAAGAUGAGAAAGAAAAAGACGUUGGCGGUCUGGUGUUUGGUAUACCUCUGUCACAGUGCAUAGAGAAUGAUAGGAUUGCCAGGAUUGCCGCUGGAGAGGUCACCGAUGUCGGAUGCUUGAGCAGAAGUAGCAGGCACGGUAGUAGGACCAGUUUCUCUAGUCUUAUAGAAACACCGAUGACUGUAGCAGCAAAAACGGAAGAGGGAGGUUCCUGCGAGUCCCUGUCGUCGAAGGGUGGUGCUCUUACAGGAAGCGAUCCCGGAGUACUCGAGCUGAGUGACAGUAGCGGAGGAGGUCUGGCGAAUGAAUGGGAUAUGGUACCAGGUAUCGUGAGGCAAUGCAUUAGACACCUUGAAGCCACCGGUCUUCGGACUCUGGGCGUGUUUCGCGUAUCACCCUCGAAGAAAAGGGUGAGGCAGUUAAGAGAAGAUUUUGAUUGCGGUCGGGAGACAAAGAUAGGUCCCGAUCAAUGUCCCCACGACGUAGCUACCCUCUUGAAGGAAUAUUUCCGUGAUCUGCCAGAUCCCCUGCUCUGCAGGGAUCUAUAUCAGGCCUUCGUGCAUACUCAAAAAAUCAGAAACAGGCGACUGCAGCAAGAGGCCUUGCAGCAUCUCAUUCAGCUUCUGCCCACGCCCAAUCGCGAAACUCUUUGGACACUUCUCAACUUUUUGAGUGCCGUUGCGGCGCACAGUGAGGACCAAAAGAAUGAGGCGGGAGAGUGGAUCCCAGGAAAUAAAAUGGACACGACGAAUCUCGCGACUGUGUUUGCACCGAAUAUUUUGCAUUGCGUCAAACCGAGUCAAAUGAGAUCGGAGCUCUCAUCGGAGAGGGCCGAGGAGAGAAUAGACGUGAUAAACGUGGUGCGAACACUUCUGGAACACACGUCGACAUUGUUCACGGUACCAGCGGCGCUAUUGGACGAAGUAUAUCAGCACAUGAUGGAUACUCAUCCGGCGGAGUUGGAUAUCGCCCUAUCUCGUCGCGUCGAAGAGCAAUGCGGGGAUGAAGUAGAUCCUUGCAGCGAGGCGGAGACGUUCUCGGUAGAAGAGACACUGACCAUGUCGACAACCACAGCGACAACUACGACGAGAAAGAUGUGGACGAGAGAACAAUGUUUACACCAGACCGCGGGUGUCGGCGGUGAUAUUGGACCAAAGCACCGACGAUCAAAGAGACCAGGAAGUCGAAGGAAGGAGGAGGGCAGGAGCAACAGCGUAGAUAGUGGAUCGAGCGAGGAUCCAUCCGAUCCUCGGCGAAGAUCCUCGCCGAUAGUGAUUACCGCCAGUCUCACCAUACCCAUGUCUGACGCGUUCACCUUGAACCUCGACGAUCCGGACAUUCCUUACAUCGAGGAAGCACCGAAGCAACCGAGCGCUCCCCCGAGGCGACAGAGGCAGAGGUCCAUUUCCGGUUGCAGCGAAGGAGGAAGACACGGAAGUGAUAGCGCCGUGGGUUCCUCGGCGACCCUCUCGGGCGAUCAAGCGUUGAGUUCCCCGCCCUCAUGGGCGUCGUCGCCUCCGGCGAGUCCCGACAGCGCGGUCACCGCUGUUUCAUAUAUCCCGGAUCAGCAGGCGGUUCUCCAGAGAGUCUCAUUCACGACCUCGAGCGAAGUAAGGCAGGUGAACAGAUCGACCGGCCAGCAGGAAGCGAGUAGGAGUGCAGCGGUGCCGUACACGCCAAGCAUCACUAGUAUCGGCGGUGCGGUUUUGAGGUCCAAGACCGCCGAUAUCGAGAGAAUGCUGCAGAUCUCGCGGUCAGAUGUCGAGCCCACGACCCUGCAAACGAGCAAGAACUCGACGGGAACUUCGAGCGAGAGUAAGAAGUACACAAAGAGGCGGUACACGGACUCGAGGCAUCAAACGCGUCAUAUACCCGAUGCCGACACCCUGGCUGGCAAGACACCGCUUGGCGUGACGUCCACGUCGACGACGUCGCCUUCCGCCCCCGCCUCCACGACGGUAUCGACGCAGAAGCAACGUGUGCCGGUGCAACCGGUGUGGAAGAGGCGAGAAUUGAUCUCCAGUGCUCCGAAGGAUAGGGAGGGAUACUUUUAAUUUAUUAUCUGCGAUUACAAUAUCGAAUCGAGAUUCGAAAUUGCUUAUUGAAUGUCAGCGACGGAUCAUGGUACGUACAAUUAUUAUAUAGUAGAUGACUUGAACGCAAAUUGCCAUCUAUAUAUUAUUAUUAUUAUCUUUAACAGCGAAUAAAAUUUAAAAAUUUAAUUUACAUUCGAUCGAUAUAAUUUAAAGAUGCGUGAAAAGUAUAAUACGGUCAUAGGCAUAUCUUCCUCAUUAUUUCAUUGCUCUUUCAUAUUACUAUUUUAAAAUAUUUAUCUGAAUUAUUCUAGCAAGAAGAAAUUUAUCAAGUGUUACAUUGCACGUCGCAUUCCAAAAGAUAGCUCUAAAUUUUCUUUUUUCGAUUAAAAUUCCUAUCUCUGCAAAAAGAGCAUUAUUUUUCACUAGAUGACACACGUCGAUCAAAUUAUGUCGCUUUCGCCUCACGAUCUCGAAUUUCGAUGCGAUGAAUGGGACAGUCACUGCCGGUCAGGCGUGGCCUGGAAAAGUGUUCCUUAAUACGUUUCUCAUAAUCUCGCGAGAUCGCACGAUUUGGUGAAUCGCGAGACAUUUGUUGGUUCCUAGACUAGUGCCGUCCUCGUGUUCGCGAAGGAUCUCCUUGACGAAAUGCGCAUUCUCGUUUCACGACGGGGUUUUAUCGACCCUUCGGUCGGACGGACCUUGACAAAGUUAAGUAACGGGUGCUCGAAAGGACAAGAAAAUUGGCGUAAAAGGUAUACGUAGAAUAUUAUCUUACUUCUCGCGCGAUAGAAGCAUUAAUUGCCGCGAGCUCGAUGCUAGCCUGAAAGUCGUUAUCUCGUCUGUACUUACCUUAAUUGCAGUUGUCGACGGUGACGAUGAGAGACUCAAAAUUUAUUCGUCUUUUCUAAUUUGUCCUCUCUGCGACAUAAUUAUUAUCGUGAACUGUCGUGAGAGAGACACGUGCGUUAUAUUAUAUUAUCAAUGUUAUCGUUAAGUUUUCUUUUUCAGUGUCUCUCUCUCUCUCUCUUUUUCUUUCUGUAAGUUAAUAAAUAAAAGUUAAUUUUUUUACUAUGCGUCAUCUUAUUUCAGCUUCGUCGCAGAUCAACCCAGUUGCUAAAUAAGUAAGAUAAAAAAUUCGAAUGCUUCUAAAUCCUUUUCCUAAAUUACUGUUAUGUCAUAAAACGGUUCAAUAUAUUUUAUAUACAUAAUUUUUAAAAAAUAAGAAGUCAGUUUCUCAUAAAUUAUUUUAGAAUUAUUUUAGAAUUUUAUAAUUUAGUCCUCAGUCCUUUGUUAUACGGGGUUGUCCUAUAAAUACUUAUAGAAAAAGUAGAAUUAUAACAAAUAUUUUAUAAAACGUUUCAGUACCUUUGAAAAAAAUAAAUACACACCCAAGUUAAUUUUUUAAAAUAUUAAUAUCUUGACACUAUUAUGUUGCAAUAAAAGAGAUGCAGUUUUAGAUUAAAAUAUAAUAAUAUUGUGUACUUGAUUAUUCAGUAAUCCUAAUAUAUAUCUUGUUCUAGAAAUGCUCAUUACUCGAUAAAGAAAUGACGAGUACCCUGUAAAAAAUCAGAGAUCUCCAAUGAUGAUAAAGGCCAUGCAUACAUUUUAUUGAAACUCGUUUAUUAUUCAAUUUCUUACCGUGCCGUCCUUGACAAGCACUUAAAUAGCAUCUACACAAUCAAUAUUAUUAAUGCAACUAUAUUGUGCCAAUAAUAUGUAGGUAUAAUAUUUGCUCGAUAUCAAUAUUCAUUAAAGGAACACUGAAUAAUAUAAGAUAUGUUGUAUAAUAAUAUUGAUUGCGUAGAAUCACUUUAUAUCACGUUAUCAAUAAUAUCAUUGAAUACGUACGAACUUUACAAAAACAGCCGACUUAACAAGUAGAUAGGUGCAAAUGUGACAAAUAUAUCGUUCGCAUUAGAAUGUGAACGGAUAUCUGCGUGUAGGUAUAUACAAUAUAUACGAUUACACAUCCUUGACCGGCUCACUAAAUAAUAGAAGUUAACUAUUAACAUUAUCUAGUAUGAACGAUAACAAGGAAAUGAAAUAUGUCACAACAAUCUUGUGGGAUGAUAUAAAGAAUUUGCAAGGAUGAUUUUGCACCAGCAUAAAAGAAAUAUUUUGACAUCUUUUUUUCUAAUUAAAUUAUGAGUUUAACAUUGACAAAAAAAAAAAAUUAAUAACUGAGACAUUGACACUUCUUAAAAAAAUAAAAAGUUUAUCUUUGAUUUUUAUAUUGAUGUUUUUAAAAUAGAAAAAGUGAUAUCAAUUUACCAUGCCACUCAAUUGAAUAAAAAAUAGUAAA